AUGAGCCUCAGGAACCCACCCUCGUUCCAGCAUCUGGCCAUGCAAAGCCUACUGAGCAACCCAUCCUGGGCCAUCUCUGCCAUGGAGACUCUGCCGGUACUGAUCUUCCCUUCACUCUUCAUGGAGGUCUAUGCCAGGGCCCACACAGAGGUGCUGAAGGCCCUGGUCCAGGCCUGGCCCUUCCACUGCCUCCCCCUGGGGGACCUGGAAGAGUCUCCAGACCUGGAAACCUUCAAGGCUGUCCUGGAUGGGCUCGACCUGCUACUGGCCAAGAAGGAGCGCCCCAGUCGGUGGAAACUGCAAGUGCUCAGUCUGCGGAAGGAGCACCCCAACAUCUGGACAUGGGGGUACCCUUCGAUGGCCCGUAUCUCUUCUCCAGACAUCCUGACUGACAAGCCAACGGAGAGCCACUGCUCAGGGAUGACUAAAGAGCAACCCUUGAUGAUCACCAUGGAUCUGACCAUCAAAGAUGGCACCCAGGAUGCUCUGCAAGCCCACCUGCUCCACUGGGCAAGGGAGAGGAGAGAAAGAGUUCAGCUGUGCUCCAGGAAGCUGCAGAUUUGGUCUGACUCCAUCUCUGAAAUCCAGAAGGCUUUGCAUGUGGUGAGGCUGGACUCCAUCCAGGAACUGGUGGUGAGUGAAUUCUGGAAUCGAGAGACUAUGAAGAUCUUUGCCCCUUAUCUCAGCCAGAUGAAGAACCUUCACCUCCUGAAGCUCUCCAAGAUGCGUGCCGACUUCUACACUGCCAGCCAAAAGAACUCUUGGUAUUCCUGGAAAAUUGGGGCCCAUCUGGGCCAGCUGCAGCAUCUCCGGGAGCUUCAUGUGCACGAAGUCCUCUUCCUUUAUGGAAAGCUGCCCGCCAUCCUCAGGAGCCUGAGGCCUUUGAAGGCCUUGUCUCUGAGCGCCUGUGCACUGCAGGACGACGACCUGAGGUGUCUGUCCCAGGCUCCCUGCACCAGGCAGCUCCAGCACCUGCAACUGACCAGUUUGUUCAUGGAUAACUCCAGUCCUGAGUCCCUGCGAGACCUGCUGGAGCAUGUGGCCAGCACCCUGGAGACCCUGGCCCUGGAGGACUGUGCCUUCACGGAUGCCCAUCUCUCGGCCAUCCUGCCAGGCCUGAGCCAGUGUUCCCAGCUCCUCGUCUUCAGUGUUUAUGGGAACCACAUCUCCAUGGCUGCCCUGUACAACCUCCUGAGCCUCACUGCCAGGUUGGGCCACUUAAGCCGAGGUCUCUAUCCUGCCCCUCUGGAGAGCUACCGCCCUCAGGAGUGGGGGCUAGGGAACAUCGACCCUGAGAGACUUGCCCUGGUUCUGGCAAGCUUGGGGCAGGUAUUGAGAGACCUGGGGCCAACCCAGAGGGUCCAAAUCUGUACUGAUUUCUGUCACCACCAGAACAAGUGCCAGUUCUACAGCCUGGGCCCGGAUGGUUCCUGGGUGCUCACAGAGGAGGGGCUUCCCAGCCUUUCUGCUCUGUCUGUGUAG